AAGCACAUCUUAGCGAGCUGCAGGAAGCUACACAGCGCUACACAGCUAUAUUCUAGCGUCGAUCAUUUCCCAAUCCGCUCAUCAUUAUUGAAGUUCCCUUCUACCCCGCUGCCGCUGCAGGAGUGACGCAUUACAGCGGUGAAAUCUUCACCACCCCCAAUUGAUAGGUUCAUCCUUUUGCCUAUCCUUUACACCAUCCUCUUGAGUGUAAAAACGGAAAGUCAAGCGCAAGACUCGAGGAGAUGGCGUACAGAAGUAGUAGGAGCGAUUUAAGUGACAGAGGGGAUUAUACCCCUCGGAGAGCGCCGGCUCGAGAAGUCGACGACUUUGAGAUCUAUGAUCGAAGAGAACGCCGCGCUUCGCCGCGACGAGUAUCCGUGAGAGAGUAUGAGGAUCUGGACCGGGAACGCGGCAGAGUAGACCGCACCCCCGCAUUUCUCAAAGACGAUGCGAGGAGGGUAGAGGCCGGACAAUUAGUCCUACGUCAGCGUGAGGUCGAAACCGUCGACCGUCGACGCCGUAGUCCUAGCCCUGUCCGGUACCAUGAGCGCAUCGUCGACAGGGAGCGUGAACGGGCACCUUCGAUGCCGCCAGAGCGCCGUCCCAGAUUCAUCGAACGAUCCCCCUCGCCACCCCCGACAGCCGUGAGAGUAGAAUCUCGCACAAUUGAGCGACGACGAGAACGGUCACCAACUCCGGAUAGAGAAAGAGAAAGAGACCGCGAACUAAUCCGCCUACGCAUCGAGCGUGAAAAAGAGCGAUCUCCGUCUCCUAGCCCGUCGCCCCCACCUCCACCCCCUCCUCCGGUCAUCCGAGGCCCGACGAUCGAGCGUGAGGUCAUCACCCACUAUCGCGAUAUCGACCACGGUCUCGUACGAGCAAAACCGCCAACCCCACCACCACCACCACGCACCGCCCCACCUCAAAUCCGCGAGCGUGAUCUCGACAUCGACAUCGACAUCCGGGGCCGCGAAACCGACGUCGACAUCCGGGAGCGCACACGCUCGAAGUCGCGGCCCCGGGAACGACCGCGUCCGCUGCUCCGGCCAUCCUACUACGACGACGACGACCUCGUCAUCGAAAAAGACCGCGAAAUCGUGCGGCUGUCCGACACCAGACGGCGAGCGCACAGCGCAGCACCGCCGCGCGCAGAGUGGGAGGACGAGGCAGAGUAUAUCACGGACAAGAUCGAUUCGCGCGGCCGCAUGGGCGAGGCCUGGCACGGCGCGACGAAAGACUGGACGAUCGUCGACGUGCCGCCGGGCACCGAGCGCGUGAAGAUGGACGGCGUGGGGGGAGGCGGCGCGGAGGUGAACUGGAGCCGGUACAGCGGGGUGCGGCGGUCGAAGUUUGUGCCUGAGCGGGACGGGACACCCGUCAGUGCGAUCAGCGAGCCGAUGCGAGAGCGUGAACCCUCGCGGGAGCGGGAGCGCGAGAGGUUGAGUAUCCAGGUGUUCGACAAGCGGGAGAGGUCGCGGGACCGGGACGUGGAGAUCGAGGAGAUCCAGGACCGCCGCAUCUCGAUCCGCGACGGGGACCGCGCGCCGCCGCCGCGGAAGAGGAGUGAGAUGUGGACGGAGAUCACGAAGGAUUUGGUCAUUCGCGAGGCGAUCGAACAUAUGGGGUAUGAGUACGAGGAGACGGAGUGGUUCUUCUACGUCAUGCAGUACCUGCGCUACGAGGACGUGCUCGAGCUGGUUAAUUUGUCGGAUACGAUCCGUCGCAACCGCAGACGCAGGACGCAGGAGCUGGAGCGCGAGCGCGAUUAUGAACGUCGCUACCGCAACCGUCGCUCGGUGAAUUGGGAUAAGCUUGAUGACGAGCGCAUUGUUGAGCGUGAGGUCGUGUAUGAUCGCCCCAGCCACCGCGGAUAUGUCCGCUAAGCAAGUGGCGUUACUACGUUCGG